CCGUACGAUUCGGCCGUGUGCCCAAACGGGAAAAGGCUCGUAUAUUGGCCGCCAUGCAGCAGAGCAGUAACUCCAAGUGUCAGGAGAAGGCCGCCGUGGCGGAGCUAGAAGACGACCAGAGACUCGUUGCCAGCGUGGUCAGGGCCCAUCUGGAGACCUGCGACUUCACAUCGGACAAGGUCGCGCCCACGUUGGCUCGAGCCCGUGAGCAACCGAACUACACGUUGUGCCAUCCGACACUGGCUUGCCCGUUGAACCCGAGUCCGCGACCCGUCACCGGCCAACAAGAGCUGUUGAACGACUUCUCGAAGCGAUUCUCGCCAGCUAUACGCGGCGUGGUCGAGUUCGCCAAGCGCAUACCUGGUUUCGGGUUACUCGCCCAAGACGACCAGGUGACCCUGCUCAAAGCCGGUGUUUUCGAGGUGCUACUCGUCCGUUUGGCUUGCAUGUUCGAUUCCGAGUGCAACAGCAUGGUGACGCUCAACGGUCAAGUGUUGCGCAGAGAGUCGGUGUGCGCGUACUCCAACGCGAGAUUCCUUACCGAUUCCAUGUUCGAGUUUGCCGAGAGGUUGAACGCGAUGCGACUAAACGACUCCGAGAUCGGUCUGUUCAACGCCGUCAUCGUGAUCGCUGCCGAUCGACCGGGCUUGCGCAACGUCGAAUUCAUCGAACGCAUGCACAAACAGUUGAAGAGCGCGUUGCAAUCGGUGCUCAUGCAAAACCACCCGGACAGACCUGGCCUAUGCCAAGAGCUGCUGAAGAAAAUCCCGGACCUGCGGACGCUGAACACAUUGCACUCCGAGAAACUGUUAGCUUUCAAGAUGACCGAGCAACAAAACCAACAACAGCAGCAUCAGCACCAACACAUGCAGCAGGAGAACCAACACCAGAGCGGCAUGGGAGGCGUGUGGAGCAUGAUGAUGAACGGCGGCAGUGGCGGCGAGGACUUUAACCGGAAGAGCCCUGGCGAAGAGGCUGGCUCGUCGUCGUGGUCGGACGAAACGACCUCCGUGGAGGACAUGAAGAGCCUGGUCAUGUUGGACGAGGUGAAGAGCCCGCUCGGGUCGGUGUCCAGCACGGAGUCGGUAUGCUCGGACGAGUACCACCACGGUCCGAGCAAGCACGCGGCGAGCGCGCCGCUGCUGGCGGCCACACUGGCCGGCGCUGUGUCACCGAUCAGACGUCACGCGGCCGCACCGUCCGCGGACGAACACCACCGGGUGAUUGUCAGACCGGUGUCGUGCCGGUACCAACGCAAACAGGACUCGCCCACCGACUCCGGCAUCGAGUCCGGCACCGAGAAGCUGGACAGGCCGAUGUUGCAUAGCGCGCCCACAUCGGUGUGCUCGAGCCCACGGUCCACAGUGGACGACGUCAUGAUGGUGGCCGACUCGCACCCGCCGGCCAUCGAGGACAUGCCGGUUCUGAAGCGUGUGCUUCAGGCGCCACCUCUGUACGACACCAACUCGCUGAUGGACGAGGCGUACAAGCCUCACAAAAAGUUCCGGGCCCUGCGCGGCGCUAAGGACUCCGCGGAGGCCGAGGCCGUGCGGCCCGCCGCCGCCGCCGCCGCCACUACCGCCGCCGCUGCAACCACUACCCACCUCAACCACCACCACCACCACCAACACCUGCAGCACAUCCACCUGCACCAGAGCCAACAACAGCAGCAGCAACAGCCGCAGCAGCAACACCACCACUCGCCGCAGCUUCACCAUCACCUCACUUCGUCCUCGCUGUCCAGCACGCACUCCACGCUGGUUAAAUCACUGCGCGAGACGUCCGAGAUG